UCGCUGUCGGGACAUGCGAGCGUGUCGGGACAUGUUAAUUGCUCGUCGUUUUCCAUACAACACUGCCACUGCUUCCGUAGUGGAUCUCUCUCUCUCUCUCUCUCUCUCUCUCUCUCUCUGUCUGUGUCUCUGCGCGCGCUCAGGGGUGCUUGGUCCUUGCACCCGACGCUGGCGGAAAAGAAGAGAAAAUCCUGCGGCGGAAAAGAACAGAGGAAAAAAGAAUUGAAGUCGAAUUUUGGGGAUGGCGUGUUCGUUUAGGGGAGAAAGCGGGUGAGGAGAGGAAAAGUGGGGGAAGGAGGGGAACGAAGGGUGGGUAGGGAAAAGUGUUUGGAGGGCGCGCGGGGGGGCGUGGAAGGGGGCCCUCGGAGACCAGGCAGGGGCUCCGACAAGGGCAGGGCGGAAACGCGCCCCCGAGGCGCGCGGGGCCUGUGGGGAUUCCCCGCUGGUCCGCCCGCGGGGGAGACGGAGGACGCCCCCCGCGCGCGCGCGCGCGCGCGCGCGCCCGCUCACACACACACACACACACGCACACAUCACCCAACCACCCAGCUAGCUAGCGAGCGACACACCCACCCACCCACACACAGAGAGAGAGAGAGAGAGAGAGAGAGAGAGAGAGAGAGAGAGAGAGAGAGAGAGAGAGAACAAGAAGAGGAGGAGGUUGUUAGCAAAAUGGGUAGAGAGGUGGCAGCUGUCGUGACCCUUGUCGCGUGCGCUUCUUGCGCGAUUGCUGUGAUUGCCAUCCGCCACCGGUUGAAGCGCCUUGCUAGGAUGACGAAAGCGGAGGAGAUGGUGGAGGCGUUCCGCGAGCAGUGCGCACUCCCUGAGCCGAGUCUGCGGAAGAUAGCGGAAUGCUUGUGGAAUGAGAUGGGAGUGGCACUUCGAACGGAGGAUAGCACAUUGAAGAUGCUGCCAUCUUUCGUCGAUCUGCUCCCGACAGGGAAAGAGAAGGGAUACUAUUAUGCAUUGGAUCUCGGCGGAACAAACUUCCGCGUUAUCCGAGUUCUGUUUGGCGGCGAAGACGGCGGAGUGCUGGAUUGGAAAUCUGCUGAAGCAGUCAUUCCGCAGGAAUUGAUGACCGGCACAAGGGAGGCCUUGUUUGACUUCAUAGCGGAUGCGGUCGCAAAGUUUGUGGAAAAGGAAGAUGGCGGCGUGAAGCACAAUGACGGCAAAUUGCUAGAUCUCGGUUUCACAUUUUCCUUUCCUGUGAAUCAGAUUGCAAUCGACCGCGGCACACUCGUCAAUUGGACGAAAGGCUUCAAAGUCCCGAACAUGGAGGGUCAAGAGGUUGUUGGUUAUCUAAACCAGGCCUUCAAAGCUCGUGGUCUGAAUAUGCGGGUGACAGCUUUGGUUGUGAACACAGAAUGGGGGAACUAUGCAUCGCACUAUCUGCCGUACACUUUUGCGGAUCGGGAAUUGGACAAGGAGAGCUUGAACAAGGGCGAGCAAAUCUUCGAGAAGAUGAUAUCUGGAAUGUACCUGGGCGAUAUUGUGAGGAGAUUCCUAGUUCGGCUCGCCGAGGAGACGGAAUUGUUUGGCAAUGAAGCGCUCGCACGACUGCGGAAGCCAUUCUCUCUCAGCACCCCGAUCAUGUCGAGGAUGGAGAUGGAUCACAGCGACGGGCUGGAUGUUGUCGGAUGCACGCUGGAAGAUGUCUACGGGAUUCGACAAACGACUUUGAACACAAGAAAGCUCGUCCAGGACGUGUGUAGUAUUGUAACGGAGAGGGCAGCCCGCCUUGCUGCGGCGGGAGUGUAUGGAGUGCUGGAACGGAUUCGCAGGGGCAAUAACAAUGAUAAGCCACCACCACUAACGCAGAAGAUGGCGGUCGCGGUCGACGGUGGAGUUUAUGAACACUUUGGCAGUUUCCGCACGCAGUUGAAGGAUACGUUGGCGGAACUGCUCGAGGAUGAUGCGGAUUACGUGGACCUGGUGUUAGCGAAGGACGGUUCCGGUCUGGGCGCUGCUCUUCUUGCCGCAACAUAUUCUAGCUCGGGAUAGAAAAUCACUUAUGUUCUCCAAUCAUUAUCAUAUUGUCAUCAUCAGCAUGACAAUCCUAUGAAGAUAAGUUAAGCUUGUCGAGUGGGUCUAACAUGCUUGUCGUGAAUGUGAUGGCCCUCAUGGUUCCUUGGUAGGUAGUAUUCCUGUCACAAAUGUGCGCUCUCGUUAUUGCUGUUUAACGGUUCAUUCGCAGUGUUUCCUGUCACAUUUUUUUUUUGUACGAGGAAGUUAUUGUCGCCGUCCUCUCGUAAAUGUCGCAUAAAUCGUGUGUACUUAUGUACGUUGGUGUUUGUGUGAAAGUGUGUGUGUGUGUGUGUGUGUGUGUGUGAGCGAGCGAGCAAGAGAGAGAGAGAGAGAGAGAGAGAGAGAGAGAGAGAGAGAGAGAUUUUGGGGUAUGGAAUGUUUGUGGGGAAGUUAUGUGUUGGUUCACUCUAAUCGAAUUGGAGUGCGGAAAUUGAGGCGGCUGAGAAUUGGAGAAAUGGGAAUUUUGAACUUCAUGCUGCUUUCAGACACAGCUUUGAAGGUCAUGUGGGACUUGGUCGCCGGUACUUAGCCAGCCGGAAGUCCCACGUGGGAUAGUGUUUAUGUUUUUCUCGGGGUUUAUGACUGGUGUGAGGCUUUACCUUUAUCCUCACAGCUUUGAAUGUCCCAUUUAUUGUGUUUUCCUUCCUUCCUUCUUCAAGUUCAGGCUCUCAGUUUUGGGCUCGUUUAACGCCCGUUUAACCAGGAGCUAAAAUGUGUGUGGGCGGGUUCAGGGUCGCAAUUAACCGUUUAUGGGGGUCUUCUACCUGGGGAGGGUUGCAAGUAACCGUUUAUGGGGGUCUUCUACCUGGUGUGUAGGGGUGUUUGUACUCAUUGUCAAUGACCAAUGAACCAAUGAGGCGUUCUUUUUUUUUUUUUUUUUUUCGUUCGGAGAGUGCAAAUUACUAAGGGAAUCCUCACACUAGGACUUUUGUGGAUGAAUCUGGCUGCAAUUCUGGCCAAGCGUGGGUGUAUCUGACCGCAGUUACGUCUAGAGAGCUGGGUAAAAUAAGUGCUAGUGUGAGUGUGCCCUAAGUUUAGAUUUUGAUCGUCUGUGUAUGCCUUUUUUUGUUUUGUUUUAAUGCCUAUUUAAAAAACCAAGUGAACCUGCCGUGGCCCUGCUCCAGCUCCACUGCAGGCACAAAUUAUCUGGCCCCGGGGAGAUCAAGGGUGUUUGUUUUAGAGCACAUGAGGGACGGGAAGCAUUUGGGGGCGGCGCAUCGGCCAAGGCGUCAGCAUGCCGUCGGAUCCUUUCUAAAUCAGAACUAUUGUAUUGUGGUCGGCGCAUUGAUUGGAACCUACCCGUGCAAUUCACCAGUUUUGUGUGUGCAUCAACUGAGCGGCCCGCCAAUGUGCAAAAUGAGAAGGAAUCUUCCACAAGAACAUAGGAAGAUACACUGCGACGGACACAUACAUUGAAAAGAAAUCCCGGUCACCGUGUGAGUAUGGACUAAGGAAGGAGCUGUCAGCUGCAAAUGCCACAGCGUGCGUGUAAGAGAGAGAGAGAGAGAGAGAGAGAGAGAGAGAGAGAGAGAGAGAGAGAGAGAGAGAGAGAGAGAGGCAGUUUUCCAUCCAUAGGGUGAGCGAAAUGGGAAUGAAACUGUAGGUAGAAGAUGGAAAUAAACACUGCACUUUUUCGGUCUUUUGCAGCGUAUAUUUCCAUGGUCAAGGGGAAGAUUCAAUCCCGUUUUGCUCAUUUGGUGAAGCAUGGCAAUGUCGGUGUGUGUGUAGGAUGAGCAAAAUCGGAAUGAAUCUUCACCCGGAAC